ACUGCCCGCUCACACACACUCAGUCGCCCCCCAAAUGUAUCGGAAACAUGCAGCCGAGUUAAAAUAUUGAAAAACUAGUUAGCAAACACAACCGAUCAGUGCGGAUAAUAAGAAUUGGCAAUUCAAAAUUAAAUGUUUCGCGCUAUCGCCCAGUCAGCUCAGAAGCAGCCGCUCCCCAACUGAGAGCACAGAGAAACCAGCUCUGGCCACUUGCUCCUCCGGAUCCGGCUCCUGCUCCUGUCCCCGAUCCCCUCCCCCACCCGCCACAUUCAGAUCCUGCUCCAAAUGACGGACGGCGAACAGCAGGAGGCGCUGGUCAAGCGGGCCGAGGACGAGCGCGAGGACAUCUUCCGGCGCUACGAACUCGGUCUGGAUCCCAGCAAUGUGGUGGACUCCUGGGAGAAUCCCACCUUUGAGAUCUACCACAGGACGGACAAAUAUGGCUUCUUGCACGACUCGCGGCUGCCGUCGACGCGGGAUGCCCAGGAGGUGCAUCGCAACAAGAUCGAAAUGGAGCGGGACAAAAAGUGGAUGAAGAUGCUCAAUCAGUGGCCUCCGCCCCAGGACAAGCUGCACAAGCGCGUCUACAAGGGCAUACCGGAUCGCGUGCGUAUGGUGGCCUGGAAUAAGCUGCUCGACAUCCAGCAAUCGAUAGAGAACAAUAAUGGCGUCUACCUCCGAAUGCUGAAGCUGGCCAGGAAGUACUCCACGGAGACGCGACAGAUCGAUGCCGAUGUGAAUCGUCAGUUUCGCGACAAUCUUGCCUUUCGCGAGCGCUACAGCGUAAAGCAGUGCUCGCUAUUCAAUGUGCUCAACGCCUAUAGCAUCUACAACUCGGAACUGGGCUACUGCCAGGGCAUGGCCUGUGUGGCUGGCGUGCUGUUGCUUUAUUUGCACGAGGAGGAGGCUUUUUGGGCAUUAAAUACCCUGAUAACCGACCAAAAAUACGGCAUGCACGGGCUGUUUAUUGAGGGGUUCCCGAAGCUGACGCGAUUCAUCGAUCACCACGACCGCAUCAUGUCGAAAAUAAUGCGAAAACUACACAAGCACUUUACCAAACACAACGUUGACGCCCUGCUGUACGCCAUUAAGUGGUUCUUUGUCAUCUUCGUGGAACGCGUUCCUUUCAGUUUGAGUCUGCGCGUGUGGGAUAUUUUUAUGUUAGACGGCGAUCGCGUCAUUCUGUCCAUGGCCAUCACCAUUCUGUACCUUCACAAAGACGAGCUGUUGCGCCUCAAGGACAUGGACGCCAUCAUUGAGUAUUUGCAAGUGCGACUUCACAAGAACUUUGGCUACAGCGACGAUGAUGCCGUUCAGGCCCUGGAACGAGUCAUGAAGAAGCUAAAGGACCUGAAGCUAGAUGUGCCGCCGCCAGCCAAGUCAAACGAGUUCCCCACCCGCAAACUAGGUGACUUCAUGGAGGCGGAUAUGGAGAAGAAGAUCGGGCGCAGACGCAAUGAUUACACAGACGCGGAGAAGCAAGUCAUAACAGAUGUGAUAUCAAGACAAGAACAAAACGCGAUCGACGUUCAGUCCACAGUGUCCUACGAGACUUCGGAGUGCGCAACGGGUGAUGGAUACUCAAUGAAAACGUUUGAGAGUAUCACUAGCUUAGCCACCUCGCCGGCGAAUAGCAGCUACUCGCUGUACAGCAAUGGAUUUGUGGUGACCACUAUCGAAAGUGAUCAAGAUCCCGCCCGCAGCCAGAGUAUCCACAAUCUCAGCUACCUGCAGCCGCAUCCAGCUCUGUCCAACGGGCUGCAGCACAUGCGGCACAGCUUUAGCAGCGAUAGCGACAGUCGCAAUCGCCUCGAUCUGGAUCAGGCACUGGAAGUGCUCCAGCGACAGCAGCUGCCCCUGCACCCGAAGACGCCAAGCAGCCAGGUGGUGUAUAUCGUGCAAAACGGAGUCGGCGGCGGAGGCAGGCACAUGGACGGGCAUCGGGAUGCUGCGGAUAACGAUGAUGAUGAUGCGCUGAGCGUGGAGAACACACGCCUUUAAUCUUAGUUGAUUCGUAUUUCGUAUUCUUUCUUUAUGUAGUUAAUGUCUGUUUUGCCUACUUGGUUUGUAAAACGCAUAUGCCAAUAACGAUUUCUCCCUUCCCAACAAACAAAAACCCCCUUGAACAUUCGCUAGUAAUAUCCACAUGUACUUAGCUUUAAUUUUUGUAUUGUCGAACCGACAGGAACCUGAAUUGUUAUUCAUUUGCUAGCAUUCAUCGAUGUGUGUAUUUCGUGUUUUUCCCACAUUCUUUCUUGUCCACUCACUCUCCGAUAUUAUCCAACCGAGAGUCUCAACUAAAUAUUCCAAAAACUAAUAACUUCUAAGACUCCAACUAUUCCGUUUGAAACUACGUACAACGAUUAAUAUUUAUUGCUAUCCGCCUAUAUUCUUACCCACAAUUCCUUAUACAUACCUACUAGCCUACUGUUUAGGUAACUUAAGCUUUGCUCUUGCAUUUACUUUAUGUUUGCCUUACAAAAGAAACUCAACUUUAGUUAAUGUUAAAGCCAAAAUUGUAGUUGUAAUCUGAUUAGCUAAUAAUUAUAUGAUUAUACAUAUAGCGAAACGUACCACACAAAUAAAUAUGAUUUUGUACUGAAAUGAAAAUACAUUUGCCAGCAUGGUUGAUUUCGCAGUUAGCACAAUGUAUCAUUGCACUGCAAGAUGUGUUGCAGGCUAAGAAAACAGUAUUAGUACGCAGUAUUCGACUCGAUUUGCACCUCACAAACAACAAACACAAGAACAACAAACACUAACACCGCUAACCAAAAUUUCACAUAUUGCCACAAUCACAAGCACAAUUGAAAACUAAAUGUCAUUUUCCAAAAACCAAAUUCUUUUCCAACGCAUUGGCAACACGACGAACUGGGAUUGGUCAAACCAAAUCGAAAAAAUACGAAAAA